AUGUCAUCUCAAGAUCCCCACCGCGAAGGCGAUGACGCUGAGUAUGUGGGUGCAGACGAGGCCGAGGAGGUCUUUAACCGCGAUGAGGACCAACACAUGGACUCUGAGGGUGAAGACGAGGACCAGCCGAUGACCUACGAGGAGGAGCUCACCUUCCAGAACGACUCCGCAGCACACUUUGACUCGCACGAGGACUCGAUUUUUUGCGUCGCACAGCAUCCCGUGCAUAACAAUAUCGUUCUCACCGGCGCAGGUGACGACACCGCCUAUAUCUUCGACUCCACGCCCCCCGAAAAGCCCGUCCUCCCGCGGAGCUACGAAUCAAACCCUCAGCCGCGCGAGCGCGGAAGCCAGGUGCCGCUGGCGAAGCUGGAUGGACACACCGACACUGUAAAUGCGGUGGCUUUCACUGAGCCUGCGGGUGAAUAUGCCUUGACAGCUGGUCUGGAUGGCAAGCUUCGCGCCUGGCGGGACACCUCGCCCAGAAACCGCGGAGAGGCUUGGCAGUUUGUGGCUGAGGCCCAGGAGGUGGAGGAGAUCAAUUGGAUUGCGGCAUGCCCCUACCAUGCGGGCAAUGAGGAGAAGCGCAACGUCGUUGCGAUGGGUGCCAGUGACGGCAGCGCCUGGGUCUUCCGGAUCGAUGCCACCGAUUCGCAGCCCAUCUCUAUGGUCCACAGUUUCUUCCAGCAUACUGCGUCCUGUACUGCUGGUGCAUGGACAGCAGAUGGCAACUUGCUGGCCACUGUUUCCGAGGAUGGAAGCUUUUAUCUGUACGACGUCUUCGGAGCCGCUGCGGCAGCUGGUAUCUCCGGGUCUCCCGGUACCAAUGCCAUUGUCGGCUUGACUGCAGACGAUCAGCGAUUUGCUGUUCAGGGUGGUCUGUACUCAGUCGCCAUUUCGCCGGGCGGUGGCAUCGCGGCUGUGGGUGGUGCGGAGGGUCGCAUCAAGAUUGUUGGUCUUCCUCGGCUUUCUGGCGGCACGGACGCUGGCAAGGGCAAGGCUGCCCAGACGGCCACCACGUCUGCUGCGGGUACCAUCCUUGCUGAUCUCCAGGCCCAGUCGGAUGGCAUUGAGACUCUUUCCUUCUCCCAACCCCCGCUCACUCUCCUUGCCGCGGGCUCCGUGGAUGGAUCGAUUGCGCUGUAUGAUGCUGCUCAUCGAUUCGCUGUCCGCCGCCAUGUCCGGGAGGCUCACGAAGGCGCCGCGGUCGUCAAGGUCGAGUUCUUGCAGAGCCGGGCUCCAACUGCCGCGGGUCAUGGACGUUCAUAUCUGCUUACCUCCGUCGGACUGGAUGGUGUCGUCCGACGAUGGGAUGCCCGCGGUGGUACCACUGCCGCUGCGCAAGGCCUGCUGCAGGAGUGGCGGGGACACAUGGGCGCCUCCGAGAAUGAAGAGGGUGAACAGGCCGGUGGAAUCAUGGGAUUCGUUCAAGGAUUUGAUGGAAAGCGCAUUGUCACUGCCGGUGACGAUGGCAUCUCAUUGGUCUUUGUGGAGGAAUAA